AUUUCUCGGAAAACGUGAAUAUAUUAAUUUAUAAAUAUUAGCCAAUAGCUUUAUAUUUGCAACGAAACGAUGAUGACAUUCGAUUAAACUACUGUUGGAUCGUAGCCUACAUUGUGGUGUUGAUCAGUUUUUGAUCAAUCUUUUGUAAAAUGACUACAUUCUCUAGUAGAGGUCACCUAAAUUAAUCGUUUCAGUGGGAAAUCUUAAGUUGAUUACUGAUCGCGUGAAUUUCAGCAAUGAACAGAGCUGGUUACUGUUGGAGAUGCGAGGCACCCUGUAUACAAAGGUGUUCUCGUUGCCGAGUAGCCUUCUACUGUUCUAAGGUAUGUCAGAAACAAGACAAAUGGCGACAUAAACCCAACUGUGAUGACGCUGUGCUGAAGACGGAAUGUUCCAGCUGCGGUGUUGAACGAGAAGGAAUGAUGAAAUGUUCCACCUACUUGAAAGGUUAUUACUACAACGUGAAAUGCCAGAGAAACCACUGGGCAAGUCACAGGUCCUCGUGUCACAAAACUACAGAGAAAACAGUUCAACUAGUUGAACGAAUGAAGAUGUUUCUUAAGAUAAAAGAGGAGAACCCCGGCACCGCAGCUACAUAUUACUGGGGCAAUAUACCGGCUGUGGAUCUAAUUAACUUGUCGAUGAACGAAGGAGAGGAGUACUCCAGCCCGCUUGCUCUGUUGUUGUGUGGAGUCGGUGAUCCCAGGAAUGUUCUGUUGACCAUUGCAUCUUNUCCAGCCCGCUUGCUCUUUUGUUGUGUGGAGUCGGUGAUCCCAGGAAUGUUCUGUUGA